AAUUCUUGAAUUUCUAAAAGUUUGUGUUAAGAUGUAUUUUUUUAUUCCAGAUAUGCCUCGGCGUAAUGACAGUAUGCGCGUCGUGCGCGAAAGCCUUCUUCUGGAGUUCAGGCGCACCAACUACCCAGCAGCGCACCGUACAGGCCUACCCGUUACCGGCGUACUACCCCAGAUAUAUGCAGAUGUCGCCGCCCGUCGACGAUCGACAGCCCGUGCCGCUACCGGCGAUACCGAUCCAGAUGCCGCUGCACGCGUCUCUGUCGCCGACGCCGAACGUCCAAAACGUGCAGCUCGUGCCGUGCAUUUGUCCGAUCUCGUCGGACGUCGAGUACGACAAGUCGAUCGAGAACGCAGCGGCGUACGUCAACCAAAAGAAUCAACAAACAUGAAUGUCCGCGCAAUGUAAUUUAUUGUAAUUGUACGUGUUAAAACAGUAAAGUAUGCCCCUCGAUGAGGUCAGUUA